AUGGCCGUCACCCGAGCGAAGGACUCGGAGAUCAAAGCGGCGUUCCAAAAGUUCGACAAGGACAACAGCGGCUCGCUCGAGAUCGGCGAACUCUACGAUGUGCUCAGGGAGAUCGGCGUGGAGAUCACCAAGGAGCACUUCGACGGCUACUCCCAGAUCAUGAUGGACGACUUCGACACCGAUCGCUCGGGCGCCCUGGACUACGAUGAGUUCACCAGGUUCUACGAGCAGGUGCUCGUGAACGAGUCCGGCAAGGGCCAGUACAAGGAGAUGCUCGAGCUGAAGGAGGAGGGCAACACGUUCUUCCGCAGCGGCGACUACCUCAAGGCGGCCGCGACGUACACCAAGGCGAUCAAGGCUGCCGCCGAUCACGGCAUCGAAAAUCGAACCCAAACUCGGGUUUUCGACCCGCGACUGACCCUGACGACCGACGCCGUCCCGUCGACGACGCCGAGACUGACCGACUCACCAAACGCCUCAUCGCAGGAAUCCCUCAAGCUCGCGGGUCCCGACCAGGUCCCCAUCGUCGAACAGAAGAUCCGCCUCGUCAAGCAGCGCCUCCAUCGACACGAGCGCGAGAUGCACAAAAACGAGAAGCGCAACCACGGCAGCAAGCCCCCGUCCCCCGAGUCCAAGUCCCCGGCGCCCGAGAAGACCGCCGAGGAGAUCGCGGCGGAGAAGGAGGCUGCGGACAAGGCGGCGGCGGAGAAGGAGAAGCAGCGCGCCGCGAACGAGGCCCGCAUGAAGAAGGAGAAGGAGGAGGCGGAUGCGAAGGCGGCCAAGCUCGCCGCGGAGGGCGCCGAGCGAGCCGCCAAGGCUGAGGCCGACGCCAAGGCCAAGGCUGAGGCCGACGCCAAGGCUGCCGCCGAGGCCGAGAAGGCCGCCAAGGCCAAGGCUGCGGCCGACGCCAAGGCUGCCGAGAAGGCCAAGGCUGAGGCUGAGAAGGCGGCCAAGGCUGAGGCGGACGCCGCGGCCAAGGCCAAGAAGGAGGCGGAGGCCAAGGCCAAGAAGGAGGCCGAGGCCGCGGCCAAGGCGGCGGCCGAGGCCACGGCCAAGGCUAAGAAGGAGGCGGAUGCGAAGGCAAAGGCGGAGAAGGCAGCUGAGGAGAAGGCGAAGAAGGAAGCCGAGGCUGCCAGGGCGAAGAAGGCCAAGGCGGCGGCUGCCGCGGCGCAGGGCGGCAAACCGACCGGUUCUUCCGGUUCCUCGCUCCUCGUCCUGGGCGUCGGGUUCGUCCUGAGCGUCGCGGUCUUCGCGCUCGUGUUCGGCGGGAAGAAGACGGCUGCCGCGGCGACCAAAGGGGUCAAAGGGAAGAAGUGA